AUGAGCGGAUUUGGCGCGUUUGCUUGGGCGAGUGGGGAUAGAUUUGAGGGGGAGUGGGAGGGCGGGUAUGAGCACGGGCCGGGGACGUUUGUAUGGGCGGAUGGGAGUCGGUAUGAGGGGACGUGGAGCCAUGGGUUGAAGGAUGGGAAAGGGGUGUUUUACCCUGCGGGGUAUAGGUCCGAGGAUGGGAUGCUUGGAGGGGGUAGAUCGGGGGAAGAGGGGGCGGAAGGGGAGGCGGAGGUGGGGAGGUGGUCGAGUGGGGGGGAGAGGGAGUGUGUGACGUGGGAUAGUGAGGGGAGUGGGGAUGAGGGACAGAGGAGGGAAGCGGAGGGGGGAGGACGAGAGAGAGGAGAUAGAGAGAGAGGAGGGAGAGAAGGGGAGGGAGGGAGGGAAGGGCAGAGCGAAUGUGGGGCAUUGGAAGGUUCGGAGCAAGGGAAGGUGCCAAGAGCUGUUUCGCAUGACAGCUAUGUUAGCAGCAGCAAGAACCGAACCUCCAACACAGGUUCGGCACUGGUCGGUUCUGCAGGCUUGGUAGAAGCCGGAGGUCCGGUGGCUGGCCCGGGGGAAUCCGUGGCUCGUGGUUUGGCGGAGCAGGGGAUAGGCCAUGGCGGGGGUGGGAGUGGGAACGUUGAGGGCGGGAGUGGGAGGGCGGAGGGUGGUUGUGAAUCCGAGGUGGGGUGGAAAGGGGGGCAGCAGCACGGGGAGCAGCCGCAGGGGGAUGAGCAACAGGGGGCCCAAGAGGAGCAGCAAGAGCAAGAGCUCAUCUGCGUGCCCAGUGCUCUGCCUGUCGCUGUCUCAAGCCUUGCAGGCUCUGAUACCACACUCGCUGCAACACAGGCACCACGGCUCAUCUCCUAUGGCCUGAGUCCCAGUGAUGGUGAGGUGACUUUUGAGUCGUCUCAAAAGCCGCUGCGAGACCUGAGAAUGUUGCGCACUGGGAGCUAUGGUGAAUGGAAGAGUAAGGGGUUGAGUGGAGUGGGGAGAGUGAGGGGAAUGGAAGGAGGGAGAGGGAUUGCAGAAGAGGGGGCAGGUAGAAGGGGUGGGCUGCCUUUGGCGGGUACAGGGGGGAUUGGAACAGAAGAGGGGGGAAUGCAAGCAGCAGAAGGGGUGAGUAGAGCGGGAGAGAAGGGGAGCGCAGCAGCGGGUGCGGGGGUGACUGCAGCAGGGGGCGUGGGAGGGAGCGUGGGAGGGAGCGUGGGAGGGAGCAUGGGAGGGAGUGCAGGGGGUACAGCGAAGCAGCACAAGAUGGCGAGGCUGGUGACUAUGGGCCCUGUGCCGGGCCGCAGUGUGGCUUACCACGAGCCUGGGCGGGGAGGUUUGGCAUCUCAUGAGCCCGGGCGGGGAGGCGUGGCAUCUUCUGAGCCGGGGCGGAGAGUGGUGGGGUAUCUUGAGCCAGGGGGAGGGGUGGCGAGUAAAGAGGUGUCUCCAUCUGGCCCGCUGUGCAUCCGAGUUGCUUCUGACACUGCUGGCGUGCGAGGUGGCGAGGGGUCAGCAUCAGCAUCGCUCAUCACCUCUCCCAUGUUCAGCACGAGCCAGUCAGUGGGAGGGCCCACAGGGGCAGGACCAGGGGGCAGCAGGCAAAAAGCAAGCACGAGGAGGGGAACGGUGUUGGUGAGGGAGUAUGUACAAGGUGUGCUUGUGUCCGAGACGGCUAAGAGCGACAACACCGUGCUGCCCCGGAACAAGGGGCCAAGGCGGGAGGGCAAGAAGGCGGGCGAGUUGAUAUACAAGGGCCAUCUGUCGUACGACCUCAUGGUCACCCUGCAACUCGGCCUGCGCUACUCCAUAGGUCGCAUGGGGCUCGAUUCAGUGAGGGAGUUGAGAGAAAGUGACUUCUCGCAGCACGCGGGCCCAAGGGCCGUGCGCUUCCCCCCAGAGGGCUCUCAGAUCACUCCCCCGCACCAAGUGGCGCCUUUCAAGUGGCGCGACUUUUGUCCCGCUGUAUUCAGAGAACUGCGAGCGCUGUUCGGAGUGGACCCUUCAGACUACAUGCUAUCGCUGUGCGGCGACACGGCAUUGAGGGAGCUCUCAUCCCCGGGCAAGUCGGGCAGCGUCUUCUAUCUCUCCCACGACGAUCGUUUUAUUAUCAAAACCAUGCGCCGAGCCGAAGUACAUGUGCUCCUGCGAAUGCUCCCAGCAUACCACGAGCACGUGAAGCAGUACGAGCACACCCUCCUCACCAAGUUCUUCGGCCUCCACAGCUGCAAGAUCUACAAGCCCUCCACCGGCAGCACCAUGAUCCGAUUUGUGGUGAUGGGAAACCUCUUCAAUUCCGACGUGCGUCUGCACCGUCGCUUCGACCUCAAGGGCUCCUCACAGGGGCGCAGCAUGGACAAGGUGGCGAUUGAUGAGACCAUGACACUCAAAGACUUGGACCUGGACCUGGCGUUCCGGUUGCACGGGGGAUGGAGAGACCUCUUACUAAGGCAAAUGGCAGCGGAUUGCCACUUCCUGCAGUCCCAACGCAUCAUGGAUUACAGUCUCCUAUUAGGAGUGCAUUUUCGAGCCACAGACCCGCCCCCCCCUAUAGUCACCAUCGCUGAAGGCAAGGUCACAGCCGCAGCAGCAGCAGCAGCAUCACAAGCUACAACAGCAGCAGCACCACCACCGCCAUCACCAGCAGCGACAGGCAGCCAAUCUGCAUGGAUCGGCCGAUUUUCCCCCUCGUCUCAAACCUGGCGCCGCCUCUUCCGGCCGUGGCAGCAGCAGCACCCUCAUCAUCAGCAGCAGCACGUGCGACACACGCAAUACACACAGAGCUCGAGCAGCCAGGCCACCCAGUCAGUGCGGGCCAGGAGGGCAGUCACGAGUGAUGGAGCACCCAUUAUCCGCCACUCCUCUGACAAUGUCGCUCAUCUGCUCUCCUCCUUGCGCCCUGGCACCCAAGCCAGCCCUUUCUUGCGUCCAGGCACCCAAGCCAGCCCUUUCUUGCAGCCCCAAGCCUCUGGGGCGCCGCAAACGCCCCAGCCCCAUCCCCUUGCUGCUGCUCAGACCAACCAGCUGGAUACCACUGGUGCUGGUGGGGGAGUCGGAAGGGGAAGGGGAGGGGAAGGGGAAGCGGGGGGUGGUAUUGAAGGGGGAGGGGCAGGGGGAGGCGGGUCCAGCAUCCCCCAUAGUGGAGAGAUGACCUGCUAUUCAGUCUUUGCCAGAUUAAGCCACACACACCCAGACCCACCACCUCUCACCAUCCCCCCUUCCGCCACGGCACCUGAAGCAACCUUCUCAGGUUUUUCCCCAGGCACUCCCGCCUCCAACCCCCUCCCAGCACCGCCUGCCGCUCCUGGAAACGCCGGCGCCGCCGGAUCUGCCUCUGUCAGUGCCGCUGCCAGUGCUAAUGCCUCUGCCACUGCCACUUCCACCAAGCCUCCCUCCCCCAGAUUCGGCCUGUCUGCACUAGUGGGGGCGUUACGCUCCCCCACACCCAAAAGGCAGAGCCAUGUGAAGCGAGGGGGGGGGCUGUCUGUGCCUGCUAGCCCGUGGUUGCAACCAGUGCUGGGGAAGGUACAGGUGCAACCACAGCAGGAUGAGGGCGGGCACGGCGAGCAGGCGCAGGGGCCGGGGGAACAGGGGCAGCAGCAGCAGGAGCUGCAGCAGCACCCCAGGCAAGCAGCUGAGGCGCUAUCAAUGGCAGCACAGCAGCCGGUUCACGCACUCUCACAUGCGCAGAGGCAGGGGAGGGGGAUGGUGGGGAUGCUGGGGCAGUAUGGGCAGCAGCAGCAGGGGAGGGGGGCAGAGGCAGUGCUAGGGCAGGGCAUGGCAGCGACGGCAGUGCGGUUGGACAGGAGGAGCAGGCGGCCAAUCAGGGAUCCCACGAGAGCAGAGGCGUAUGAGGUGGUGCUGUACUUUGGCAUCAUUGAUAUCCUGCAGGAGUACGACUACACGAAGAAGGUGGAGCAUUUCUACAAGUCCAUUCAGUACGACAGCCACUCCAUUUCUGCCGUUGACCCCAUGCUCUAUGCCUCACGCUUUCAAGACUUCAUCAAGCUCACCUUCCCCACUGCUUGA